CCGAAGCACAUUGUCUCCGCCAUUAAAACAAUUUAUGUCGUUCUCUCACAUGAAGACAUUUUCGCAGAAUUUUAUUCACAUGUACGCGGUUGAAGCUGUUCAAGAGAAUAUUCUAGAUUAUCUGAUUUGAAAAUCGGCAAGUGCUCCAACUCGGAGUUGAUCGUUGUUCGCGAGUUUGACAAACAGUCGCAUUAGGUCUAUGUUAAACAACGUGAGCGAAUUGAUCAGUCGUGGCUUUCGUCUCGCUGUGAAAAAAACGCGCGAUCUUACCGGACGAUUCUCUCACGCCUUUUCCCCGACGAGCGACGAGAGGAGAAAACGAGCCUUCUCUUCGAGCGCGUGCUCAAGAGCUUCUGCAAGCUCGCUGAAUUUCUAUAUCCGGCCAAAGAGGAAGCCUAUCUCUCCAAACGUAAACUCCAUUCUUCCGCCGGGACUUCUUGCACGUUGGAUUCCACGCUGCUACAGAGAUUUUCCCACGGAUACGAAACGUCGGCAAACCUCUGCGAAAUUACGAAAAAAGAAUUUCUACGGACGAUGUAAAAGCGUUUGUGUAUUGCGUAUCGUUCAAGCUUGUUUUAUUCGAUGGUUGGGUUAGCUAGUUUUUUUUUAUUUUUUUUUUAUUGACGUAUCGUGACAAAUCGUCGUUGGGGUGCGGCCCUUGGCAAAUUAUCAGAUGAAUAAUGAUGCUUCGAGCGACGCGCGCGCGCGUUGAAUUGUAGGAGAACGGACUAAAAAGCAUAAACUGUAGAAAAGUUCCGACAAAAACACGAGAGUGAAAGAAUUAGGUGACCUUAUUUUUUCCGGUAUAUCAUCAUUAAUAAGCAGCAACAUUUCUAUCUAUGAGAAAAUAAUAAAAUUGUUACCGAAGGGAGAAAAAAACAUACGAACAAAGAAAAAAAUUGAACAUUUUUCUAUAGCACUUUCGACGCUUCCGAAAUUUGAGGAAGGAGGGAUGCAUCGCUCCUAUCGCACUUUGAUACGAUAGUCCACGGCGUUAUGUCUGCACGUCUUCUACUCCCUUUACACCGGGAUUUUAUCGUCGACAUAAAAUCCUUCUCUCCGUUAUCGCAUUUCCACGCAAACGUACGGACUUGAUAAGGUCAAAAGAAAGACGGCAGCGACACCGCCGCGACGCCGUUAAUUUCCAUCAGGCGUGCUCGUCCAAGCUCGAUCGAGUCGGGAUCCCUAUAGGUCGGGUAAUAAAAGUAUGUGAGCCACGUACGAAAGAACUACUAAGAAUCACUUGACUCUACUCGACCCCGGUCUCUAACUUGGUCCAAAUAUCACGCGCGCGCCAUGGGAAAAAAAUUAUUGUGCAGUAUUUCUCUUUUAUUUCUUCUGCGCUCUUUCUACUUGUGAGGAUUGUCUGGAGGCUAUAUAUAGAGAGCGUAUAAUUCUUCCGAUCCUUUUUUAUGUUUCUUUCUUUUUAAAUACGGAACGUUCAUGAAAAAUUUUUAUAAAAAGGUUAGCUGUUAUGUAUUAAUAAAUGCGUCGAAGAUAGUUUUUAAAAGCACCUUAAAUAUAGCACGUCGCAAUUAAUGUUUAAAAUCGGACGAUCGAUGGCUGGUUCGUUGGUCUUCGAAUCUGAACGUAAUUCUAAGAAAACUGAUUUAGUUUGAAACGCUGGAACUAUGAAGCCGGCAUAAUCCGUCUUGAGGAGAAGGGCGCAUUUAUUUUCAAUUCUUGCCGUUCGAUAUUCUCCAAGUUCUUAAAAGGCUGAAGACGCUGAGGAAGCAUCGAGGAUGUAGUUGAUUCGUAUGAACGUGUAUUACAAGAUAAAUGAUGGAUGAACCUGGUGCGUCCCGGUGGCGAAAAGAUCACUAAGAGGAUGCACAAGCAUACCAACCAGCUUCGCUGGCCUGGUCCAGGUGGCCAUAAUGGCGGCUAUCACGGUGCUAACAGGGGCCCGGUGAGAAGAUGGAACAGCUUCCAUGGUGGCGGUGGCGGUGGCGGUGGCGGUAGUGGUGGCACGGAUAAUUUCAACGAUGGCGUUGGGAACGGUGGUAUAGUCACGAAAGGUUGUCAGGAGCCCUUCAGGGCGGUGCCUAAGGCAGUUCAAGCCCUCAGGAGUGAGUCCGUCGACAGGACUCAUCGAGCUCAGCCACCACCACCACCCGCGUUUCCCAGAAGGAGAUUUUCCGUAUGUUUCGGGAAGCGAACGGGCGGCAGUGCCAGGCGACCCAACGAAUGCUUCGUCCUCGAGCCCUCCGAGAUGAUUGUCAUCGACUACCCGGAAGUUCAUGGCGGGGGAAGAAUGCAUCGACCACCGCAUCCCCAUCCCAUAACCGAUCACCGCCAGGUUAAUCUGGUCUUCGAUGACACGUUCUCGCAAGGCCUGACAGGCAGGCCAGAGCUGUAUCAAAAGUCAAAUAGGAGCAGCCAUUCGAGUGACACAAGUUCAGCAUACAGUGGAUCUGACACCAUGACAUCUGUACAAAGUUCAUUAGAUGCAGAUCCUGAUGAGGUAGAUCUGUCAGGACUUGUGGAGUCCAUUGUUGAUAGCGAUGAGGAAGAAGAUUUGGCAGAAAGUAUGGACAGUUUGACAGUACGCGAUCCUGUACGAGAAUGUUUAGAAAAAGAUCCUGUUGAGAGAACAGAGGAUGAUAUAGAGACGCUUUUAGAAUUCACGCAACAAUUGAAAGCUUUUACAAACAUGACACUGGCUGUCAGAAGAGCUCUGUGCGCUGUGAUGGUAUUUGCAGUGGUCGAUCGUGCUGGAAUGGUGGUUUUGAAUGAUGGCGAGGAACUUGACAGUUGGAGCGUGUUAAUCAAUGGUGCUGUUGAGAUCGAACAUAGCAAUGGCGAAAUUGAACAACUCGGUCUUGGAGACAGCUUUGGUAUCUUGCCUACUAUGGAAAGGUUGUUACAUCGUGGAGUUAUGAGAACAAAGUGCGAUGAUUGUCAAUUCGUUUGUGUCACGCAAGCGGACUAUUUUCGAAUACAGCAUCAAGGCGAAGAAAAUACUAGGAGACACGAAGAGAAUGGAAGAGUAAUUCUAGUGACUGAAUUGCGAGGAGCCUUGGAUGGCGCCGCGCGAAGGGGUCAUGUGGUUAUUCGGGGAACGCCCGAGCGUUUGAUGUUACAGCUCAUUGAAGAAAACAGUAUUACGGAUCCUACUUACGUGGAAGAUUUUUUAUUGACUCAUCGAACAUUCAUUGAUAGUCCAUUGUUAGUGGCAAGUCAAUUGUUGCAGUGGUUUGAUCAAGCGCAAGUGCGAGAUCGUGUGGCUCGCGUUGUGCUUUUAUGGGUGAACAAUCAUUUUACCGAUUUCGAGACUGAUCCAGCGAUGAUGGAAUUUUUAGAAGCAUUUGAAACUGGACUGGAAAAAGAAAAGAUGUUAGGACAACAAAGGUUGUUAAAUAUUGCAUGUGCGGCGAAAGCAAGAACGCGGAAUGUUACAUUAGCUAGGCCAAACAGGGAUGAAGUCUUAAAUUUUAGCAUCUUAGGGGGAUUCGAAAGAGGUUUUGGUAUAUUCAUCUCAAAAGUUGAUAAGAGAUCUAAGGCUGAAGAUGUUGGUUUAAAGCGAGGAGAUCAGAUUUUAGAAGUAAACGGUCAAAGUUUCGAGCAUGUAAAUCACGCGAAAGCUCUUGAUAUUCUAAGAGCUUCUACACAUCUCAGUAUAACUGUAAAAUCUAAUUUGCUUGCUUUUAAAGAAAUGCUUCAAAUGCCAGACAAUUCCCCGAGACCGCGAGGCAGAACAAAUAAGCCAGAAUUACCAAGACUUCAGUCAGAUCCACGAGCUAGAUUAUCAACGCAUGUGGAUCCCAUGACACCAGUGAAUCCUUUGAAUCCCAUGAUUGGUGGAGUUCCGUUAUUAAUUCCGGACAAUAAUGUAUCACCAUGCAAAGAUGCUAAAAAAGAGCACAAGGGAUUUAUGACUCUUGGACCUAAACGGCGAUUACAAAAAGCACUCAUGAAAAUGAACAUACUGCCAAAGAAUACGAUCAACGACGGUGUACACAUGGAUGAUCCUCUUGCACCACCACAUACACCACCGGGAACAGGGCUUACGCAAACUACUACCAAUCUAUAUCAUUCGAAAAGUAAUCCAGAUCUUACAUCGCUAUAUUGUUACGAUGACUUGAGGGCAAACGAUUAUCCCGAACAUGUGCUCAAAGUAUACAAAUCCGAUCAAACUUGCAAAUAUCUUCUUAUUCAUAAAGAAACGACGGCGCACGAGGUGGUGAUGCUUGCGCUUCAAGAAUUUGGUAUAACGGAAAGCAGUUCAAAUUUUUCUCUAGCAGAAGUGAGCGUCGGCGAAGGUGGCAUGAUUAAACAACGUAGAUUACCUGAUCAAUUACAGAAUCUUGCGGAACGAAUUGGUUUGAGCUCUCGAUACUACUUGAAAACUAAUGGAAUUUCCGAAACCUUAGUAGCCGACGAUCAAGCUCCAGAACUUAUUCGAGAAUCUCAAGUACACUUUUUGCAAUUAAAUGCUGUGGAAGUAGCAAUACAACUGACUCUACAGGAUUUUAGUAUAUUCAGACAAAUUGAAUCCACAGAAUACGUGGAUGAUUUAUUUGAAUUGAAGAGCAGAUAUGGUGUACCCAUGCUUAGUCAGUUUGCAGAACUAGUCAACAGGGAAAUGUUCUGGGUCGUAACAGAAGUUUGUUCCGAACAUAAUCUUGUACGACGCAGUAAAAUUAUAAAACAAUUUAUUAAAAUAGCCCGUCAAUGCAAGGAGUGCAAAAAUUUCAAUUCCAUGUUCGCGAUCGUGUCCGGUUUGGGCCAUGGCGCAGUGUCAAGAUUAAGAGCUUCAUGGGAAAAACUGCCAACCAAAUAUCAAAGACUAUUUAGUGAUUUACAAGAAUUAAUGGACCCUAGCCGUAAUAUGAGCAAAUACCGGCAGUUGGUGGCAUCUGAACAAACGCAACCACCGAUAAUACCUUUCUAUCCGGUCGUGAAAAAAGACUUGACCUUUAUACAUCUUGGUAAUGAUUCGAGGGUGGAAGGUCUAGUGAAUUUUGAAAAACUCAGAAUGAUCGCCAAGGAAGUGAGAACGCUAACGAAUAUGUGUUCUUCGCCCUAUGAUCUACUAACUAUGCUAGAAAGAGGUGGGCAACCACCAAGUUCCGCCAUGGUUGCUCUGAAUCAAAUGACUACUGGCAAUCAAGGCGGCCAAACGGCGACAGUAAAGCGACGAAAAAAAUCGACGGCGGCACCAAAUCCGAAGAAAAUGUUUGAGGAAGCGCAGAUGGUUCGAAGAGUGAAAGCCUACCUUGCAAAUAUGAAAGUGAUCACCGAUGAGGAACGGUUGCAUCAACUUUCUGUCGAUUGUGAGCCACAUGCAGGAGCCGUUGCGGUUGCCGCUGCGGUGCCACUGGGAGGCAGUCGGGGAAGAAGACAUCCAUCGCCUACUCUGUCAACUACCAGUAGUGCCAGUAGUACCAGUGAAGGCAGGAAGAGUAUACAAGGUACAAAAUUCGGCGCUGCAUCGCCACAAGCAGUUAGGAAAAUGUUGGCUCUGUCAGAUCCUCAUAAAACGCGACCGUAUCAACCUAAGCACUGUCCACCACCCUUACCUGUACCGGGAUUGGCGCUGCACUCAAGUGGUUUGGAGCCUAGUCCAGGUGCACCUAGAAGAGUAGGAUCUGGUAGCAGAGUACCGAUGCACGAGCGAUCCCACAGCGAUACUCCUUCCACUCUACCGCCCCUCGAUCUCAGCGCGGAGAGUAGUAGUGUAACUAGCUUGAGCAAUCUCCAGCCGCUGAGAAAAACUUUAACAAGCGGUUCGGUGACGAGCAGUGACAGUGGUCAUAGCACUCAACUGGACAGCCAUAGCGGGAGCAGCGUGGAAGCGGGCGGCAGCCCACCGCCAUCGCAAAGACGGCACUCCGCUCUGCAAGGUACUACGGGCUUAGGAGUAAACGUGGGCCUAGGGAUGCCAGCUCCGUUGCCACCACCCGGAGCGGGGACCACAACCAUAAUGACGACGAUGGGUGUCAUGCCGGGCAACAUAACGUCGUCGAUCACAACGAUGCGAUCGGGCAUGAGUAGCACGCCACAGUGCCGUCAACCACCGGCGUACAAAGUCGCACAGCAGAUGGCGAGAUUACACAGACUCGGUCGUGCUAACAGCCACGAAGGAGUCACCUAUCGGGGCACCGAUCACGAAGAUGAUGAUGAAGAUGCCCAAGUGUCGGCGGUUUAAAUGGUCCACGAGUUUCAUCAAGUUUCAAUUACCAUUUAGUUAAUUUCGUCACACUACUUUUUUACGCGGUCAAAGGAGAAAUCGUUUUCGGAUAAUAUCAUUUGCGAACCAUUAAGUAAAAGAAUGCAGAAAAGAUUAUCGACACUCGCAAACUUUCUUCCUAAAUAACGACAAAUAUCGUUUUGCAUUGGUAAUGAUAGCAUCCUGAUUCGAUGAUCCGUUAAUACAAGACAUUUUAUUGAAUCGUGGAUCAAUUUUUCGCGUAGGCGGAAUCCACUUAGUUUACUGCGAAAAAAGGCAUUAUUCUUAUUUAAGCAGAACGCUUGUCUUCCAAGGGUCUCCGAGAUGAACCUGAAGGAAUCACUGAGAAUCUCAAGCGUUAAAGUAUUUCCAGUAUAUUCCGCAGUACAACGUACUGUGGAAAGCGACAAAUAACUGGCAAAUGCUGGUAAGCGGGAGAAGACGGUAGGAGAGUACUUUUCUUUUAUUAGACUGAAGGAACGUUUCUUAGGUAAGCACACUCUUUCACGAGAUGGUGAGAACCGAAUUAAAUGAGAGAAGGAGAGAAACCGAUCGUAAUAUUCUAUAUAAAUGUGUAAUACCAAUGUGUAAAACCAAGUCCAAAGAUGUUAUAUAUACUGCGUGUCGCCAGAGAAAGUACGAAUACGAUGGCGUGUCCUGUAAUAUAUAUUUGAUAGGUUAAUCUUUAGUGUCUCAUAGUAGCGUAAGUUGGUGUAAAUAGCGUAGUGUUAUAUAGUAUUUAGAGAGGAAGAGCAAAGGGACUACGAGAGAUGAGACAAAGAUUCAUUGUGUAGUUUAGUGCGGUUGGUUCUUGUGUCUAACACAAUGGCGUUCCACCAGCAUUACAUAUUUAAGAAUUGAAAAGAUUAUCAGUAAGAAAAUAGAAACGUCUCUUAAUUGUUUUAGAUUUUGUUUGCGUUAUUCGAAACGGUUUAUUCCAUUUUAAGCGCCUUCCGUUUUUAAAAAAUUUCUAUUGCCAAUCUGGCUCUUGUACAGACGAUUAAAGUUUUACAAAAAAAA